AUGUCGCAGUACACGCUGGGAGUUCACCUGCAGAUCCUGCUGGCUGUGGGCCUGGCUGUGUUCUGCUACUGCCUGGUUCUUGGUUGCAUCCUUUGCUAUCGCAGAAGGAAGAGUGUUUCAUCGGAGGACAAGGAGGCAGUUUUCUUGCCCUCUCAUCCUACUGAGAGGGUGACUGUGACAUUGACUCCGUCUCCGUGUACGCAGCCUGUUAAGCAGCAGUAUGAGGAGUUGGAUGGAGACGUGUUGGAGUUCCCUUCCUCUAAAAGCAGCUCUUCUCCAUCUGAGGAUGACCUCACUGCUCUGCCCUUUGACCACAGCCCUACCAGAUCAGCUGAGCUGGUGCAGUCUCCUGGGUCUUCUUUUCCAAUGCGGCGCCUCAGCACCCCAGCUGUUCCCUGCCCACAGAAUAAAACUCCACGUCAUAGCAGGGCCUCUCUGCCCUCCCUCACUAAGCUGAGCCUAGUGUCCAAGUCCCGUCGGGCAAUGGGUCGGCGCUGCACUGUGAGCGGUGAAAGUUUUCUUUACAGCGAGAGAAGUCGACUGACUGCUGGUGCUGCCAGCGCUCCCACCCAGCAGGGGGAGUCCUAUCUGUCGCAGUAUGGCUCUAACUCUCUCUCCAUCUCGUCCAAAUCACCUCCCCUGUUACACUUCUCCUUGCUCUUCUCCUCUGCCUGUGGCACCCUGAUGAUCAACAUCCUUGGGUUCUCAGGGGCCAGUCGAAGGCGCACCGGGGUGUUUGUCCGGGCCAGCCUUCCUCCCCUCUGCCCCUCCCCUCAGCAAGUAGCCUCUCGGCGCCGCAGCCUCAGCCCGGACCUCCACAACCAGAGCUUUGUGCUGCAGGUGGGCUCUGUGGAAGAGCUGCGCACCUGCACCUUGAGACUUGCUGUCUACAGCAGGGACUUCUCAGGCCUGAGAGAGGCUGCGCUGGGCGUUGUGGAGAUGCCCUGUGAGCACAUGGAUUGGGAGCCUGACACUACCACCACCUACACCAGGCAGCUCAGUCCAACUAAAAUCAAGCUGAAAAAGAGCGUGAGUUCUCAGGAAACGUUGGGUCACAGGAAGAGCUCGGUGUGUGUGCCGCGGGCCUUGGGCCAGCUUUUCAUCCUGCUGCAGUACCAGGCGCUGGCCCAGCGCAUCAAGGUGAUGGUCCGAAAGGCUGAGAAUCUGGCCAAGCUCACACGCAUCCCAGGAGCUCCAGACCAUUAUGUUGUCAUCAACUUACGUCAGGAUGGGAAAGUAAUAGGUACCAAGGAAACCAAAGGGGCAAGCGGUCCAAAUCCUGUCUGGAACGCUCCCUUCUUGUUUGACCUGCCCUCUGGUGACAUCACUGAGCUACCAUUGGUCCUCGAGUUUAUUGUCAUGCAGGGCCGUCUCUACACUAAGAGUAGUAUUCUAGGUCGUGUGUUGAUUGGCAGCGACGCAUCAGAGGCGGGACAGGGACACUGGAAGGAAAUGUGCAGUCGUGGGCAAAUAGAGACGGCUCGCUGGCACACCAUCCAAUCAGAUGCGCUGUAG